ACGUUCGCGGUUGGAUUUAAGUUCGUCGAGAUCUUAACCCGCUUGACCACUUAGUGCGUGUACGAAAGAUCGCGAGAAAAAGAAGUUAAGCGAGCACACGUGAAUUCGGGAUAUCUACAGGAAUGUAGAUGCGUAUCUGAAAUUCUUUAGAUAAGUGUUAGAAGAAGGGUCUUUUGGGCUUAAAUAGCUUAAAUUCGCAGCGCAGAUAGUUUGUUAUCAAGCCUUUCGCGACUGUCAAGAGUUUGUGGUUUGCCUUUUCAACUGGUCUUGUGCAUGUAUUCGUCCGCGGUUGGCCUUUUCGAAGACAAACAUUUCAAGACGUGCGUCUUAGUGUUUGCAGUUUUACUUAACUUUGUGCUUGUAUAAAAGAGAAAUCUUCGGGUGAACACCAGUAACGGGCUGGGAAGAAAGUCAAUGCGGCGCGACGAUCGCUCAGGUAAUAAUAAGAUACUUGAUCGUCACUACACGAUCGUAACAUCUUGGAUACCAGCAACAGAAACUACCACGGCGAACAUGUGCGUGGAUCAGCCGUAACUAUGGGGUAUGCCAGGAAAAUAACAGCAACAAGACCAUAAUUUAUGUGACUGCAGACGCGACCUAUGCAGAAGAAGCUGGAGAAGUUGUGCGACUGCAUUGAUAGGCGGCUAUCGAUCGUCUACCGUUCAUUGAUUGUCUGUGCACUAAAUUUCCAGCGUUUUCACCUGGAUUCUGUUAUUUCGCCACCAAUCGCGUGUAAGGGAGAGGAAAAAUGUGAAAAUCUGAAAAAUUUAGUGGUUGGAAUUUUCUGAUAUCAUCGCUAAUUGUGGUGGAAGAAGUGCUAGGUUUGGUGCAAGAGCUGACCAUGUUUGAGGUCGAUCCGAUCAAUGAGUCUCAGUGGAGCAUUUCCAAUUUCCCUCAACUGGCGUAGAUAUGCGGACUCGCGAGCGGAAGGUCAUAGUGUAAACAGGUGCUGGCGAAAAUUUUAAUGAUAGUAUCUAAAUUCCACGUGCAUACAAAGAUAGUAGCUCGUCCGUCGCGGUUGACGCGUUAGUGCAGCUGUGCCGAUCGUGAGUGUAGAAAGUUGUCUUGAUUACCAAAAGCGAGCUUGCGCCUUGUACGGAUUAUAAGGGAGGCUCGCUUGUAAAUAAUUUCUUCCGACACUCGCCCAGCCAGCAACAAUCAGAGUAACCAUCGUGUCGUACAUACACAAUGAUGUUGAAUCAAAUCCACUUGAUUUGGAUUAGGUUCAGAUUGCAUGUGAUGAAUUUUGGUUAGCGACGGAGAAAGCGUGAAAAUUAAAGUAAAAUUUAAAGCAGAACGCAACGCGACCCCACGAGGCAUCGUGAAAAAACAUAACAGAAGAAGAAAAUACAAGAAUUCACUAUUCCGAGAAGCUGUAAUUCAGUUUCGAGGGAAACAAAGAGGCCGUACAUAUCUCAUUGGCCGAAACACGACAACAACAACAUCAGAGAAAAUAAUAAGUCCCACAGCUGGAAAGAAAGCAGCUUCACGAAACAGCUAUUUUCUCAUUUUUCCGCGUAAAGCAAAAGUAAACUUGUUGUUCAUCUCUCCGCCAAAUAUGGAAUACAAAAUGUCUUCAGCGGUAAAAUGGAUUAACUUGGCAAUGGUAUUGAUCAUCAUUUGCUGUCGAUUGCAAUCAGUGUCCAGCCUGAAUGUCCUGAAUACGCCGCCUGUUCUUCGUGUGGACCGCGACUGGCGCAUCCUGGAAACCGAACCGAUUGGUUCAAUGAUAACACGAGUACGUGCCGACGACGAGGAGGAUGACCCUUUGGUGUUUGGUCUAGAUCGAAAGCGCUUUUUGGAGGGCGGAGGCGAAGUAAUCGGACCUGAUAAAUUACCCUUUCGGAUAGAUUCUGAUACGGGUGUUGUUUAUCUGAAUGAAAGUCUUGCCGGACGGGGUGGAGAGGAUUUUCCUCUGUACGUAACAGCGUCCGAUGGGCACCUAACAGCAAAAACUGAAAUGCACGUAUCUAUUCUACCAAAGAACGCUACAAGGAUUUGGAAUUCGCGUACUCCGUCAUAUACCCCAAAAGCGAACAAUUUUUCGCACCUAUUCCCUCCGUUUCACCGCUUGCCCGGCAUCAAUCCACCCUCAUCGGGGGCAACAUUUCCAUCACAACUGAUGCCGAAUUUCAAUCCAAAUCCUAACCUUAAUUUCUACACACCCGUCUAUAACGGACGACCGCCAUUCCUCAAUAUUUCACCAGAUGGCGAGAGUGGCGAGGAGAAUCCUGCACCGUCAACGGCUCAGGAUACGGAAUCAAAUAGCAAUAAUAGUCAUGAAGGUGGCUCGAGGACCAAGCUGACGGCAGUGAAAACUGACGACAACCUCACGUGGCCAUCGCAGCAGAGCAACGCAAGCAAAGAAAACACUAGUCACGGUACUCGCAAGAACAACAAGGACGACGCCGACGGGAGCGUCAUUAAUGGCGGCCGUGAUGGUCGAACUUCAAAUCAGACAGAAAAGACAGAUGGGUCCUCGCCGCCACCCUUGCUACCGUCGUCCUCAUCGGGAACGCUUAAAGCUGUCAUCCCUGCCAUAAUUACAAUUUGUGGCAUUUUUCUGGCUGCUGGCCUAAUUGUCCUGUUUAUUUAUCGGAAGCGAUUGUGUGCUAUUGGCAAGUCGCUCAAGAAAAAGAGCAAGGAGGAGAUGGCGAAGAAGUCGAACCAAAGCAACCUCAGCAGCAAUAUCACGUCGGACGAUAGCCGCAAUUCGAUGGUUAUGCAGCAUUGGAACGGGCCGCUGGCCUUCUCAAAUCGCUAUGUUCCCUGGGAACGUGAAAAUCAACAUCCUCUGGCAACGUCACGACUAUCAACAAGUAGUUCAACAGGAAACACUGAAACGACCAAAACGGAUCGAUGGGAAUUCCCGAGGCAUCGAUUGAAGUUCUUCAACAUAUUGGGCGAAGGUGCUUUCGGGCAAGUCUGGCGAUGUGAGGCCACCAACUUGGACGGCAAGGAUGGCGUGACAACAGUUGCUGUGAAGACGCUAAAGGAGAACGCCACCGAGGCCGAAAAGAAUGAUUUAACUUCAGAGCUCCAGGUAAUGAAGUCUCUGGAACCGCACGUAAAUGUCGUACGUCUUCUUGGCUGUUGUACUGAUAAGGAUCCAAUUUUCGUUGUAAUCGAAUAUGUAAAUCGUGGAAAACUUCAAACUUACCUGAGAAAUUCACGUGCUGAAAGACACUAUGGAAACACGCACGGAAAAUCCAACGUCCUAACGUCAGGUGAUUUGACAUCGUUUAUGUACCAAGUAGCUCGGGGGAUGGACUUCCUGACGUCGCGUGGAAUUAUUCAUCGUGACUUGGCCGCCAGGAAUAUCCUUAUUACUGAUGAUCACACGUGUAAGGUAGCAGAUUUUGGUUUCGCGAGAGACGUUAUAACUUCGAAGGUGUACGAACGAAAGAGUGAAGGAAAACUCCCAAUCAGAUGGAUGGCUAUAGAAUCGCUUUACGAUAAUAUCUUCUCCGUCAAAUCGGAUAUCUGGAGUUUCGGCAUUCUGAUGUGGGAGAUCGUAACACUCGGCUCGACACCGUAUCCUGGCAUAUCAGCAGCAGAUGUUAUGCGAAAGGUAAGAGAUGGAUAUCGAUUAGAGAAGCCGGAGCACUGCCGUCGUGAGUUAUACAACAUAAUGUACUACUGUUGGGCCAAAGAUCCAAACGAACGACCAUCAUUCUCGGAAUUAGUUCAAUUGCUCGACAAGCUACUUCUCACCGAAAUGGAUUACAUCGAGCUGGAACGCUUCCCAGAUCACAAUUACUAUAAUAUGCUUAGUUUAAGUGGAGAGAAAUUGUAAUAAUGCCGUAAUUAAUCUUCCGAACUGUGCCUGUGUUCUGCAGGUUGUUAUGGACCCUUCCCCCUCUCACUUGUUUUGCUGUUUACUCUCAAUUUUUCCCAUUAAUCGUGUGACAGGGACCAUAGGACGGGGCUCAUGGAGUCCGUCGAAGGACGAGAUUAAUUCUAAUUUAUUUUAGUUUAGUCCCGAGUGUUUAUAUUAUCGAAAAGUCUGUUUUAGCUGUAUCAGUAAUUAGAGUUGAGUUCGUUCUGUAAUUUUUAUGUAUUUUAUUUAAUAUGUGGACAUAUUCGAUUGUAGCGACUACUAAGUACUGUAAAUAAAUGGACCUAUGUUAAGUUGA